AUGAAUCCCGGAGACUUCAACCCGGGCGCGGGGCCUGGCCGGCCAGCCCCAAAUGCCGCGAUGAGGAUGAAGACCAACAUGCAAGUACCUAAAAAUGAUAAUGUGCAAGCCAUGAUGAAUCAUGUUGCGCAAGUCCUCCAAAGUCAAGGACCGUACGGGGGCUGGAAGGCGGAGGUUCCGACGAAAACCCGAGCGACUAAUGUGUACCAAAUGAUCACCUCACUUCGUUUGAUCCAACCUCGCAUCGAUCUCACCCAAGCAGCCCAGGCGGCCAUGAGCUUUGAGCUGAAAGCCUUCACCAAAGCCAGCGAGAAAAUAGAAUACGACAAGGAAUGCACCGAAAAGCUUCUUCAUAUUAGAAACACUCGCGAGAGACAGGCGGCGGUCGCGUACCAAAGCGGUAUGAUGCCUCAGACCGGCGGGCAGAAUCAGAUACCGGGAAAUUUUCCUCAGCAGCUCAACCAGAACAUGCAGGGGUCUCCAUCGGCCCCGCAGAUGGGCAUGGGGAUGAAUGGUCAAAAUCAACAAGCUGCAAUGCAACGGCAGCAGCAGCAACAAUCACAGGCAAUGCUACAGCAGCAGCAACAACCACAACAACAGCGCAACCAACAGCGUCCCGGCAGCGGUGUACCUCUACCUGACGACCUCAAUACCCUCUCAGCUCAAGACCUCGAUCAAGUCACCCGACUCGCAAACGAAAUGCUGCACAAGACAUCCCCGGAAGAUAUGGAAAAGAUUAAGAUGAAUCUGUCCAACAUGACCCCGGAACAGCGCCAAUACCUUUCCCGCAAAAAUCUUGAGCCUAUGACUUACUUCUUCCGCUCGCAAGCACUCAACCAGAUCCGACGUCAUCGUCGCGCCCGACUCGAGAUGGGACGCGUCCCCAACGCCGGGGUGGAUGCGAAUGGCAACAUGGUGGCCGAUCCUUCAAUGAACCCGCAACAGCAACGGCAAAUGCUGCAGAAUAUGCUGAGCCUCCAACGCAACUCUGCAUUCCCUGGCAACCCUGGUCAGUCGAUGGAACCACCGAAUUUCAUGGGCAACGUCGAAAAUAUACAGGGACAACAAGCAGACGGUCUGCGCUCCCAGGAAGCAGGUCAUCUCGUGGUCCCUGCCAGCUCCUCGCAAAUGAACCAAGCACCGUUUUCGAACAAUAACAACAAUAAUAACAUGUUCCCCCAACAAAUGGGACAGAAUGGCCCGGGGAAUAUGAAUGGGAACAAUGUGAACGCCCAACCCCAGUCACUCGCUCAGCAACACAUCCAGGGUGGUGGCUUCAAUACACCACAGGAGCGGAUGCAGUUCCAAGCACAGCAAUCCCAGGCCCAGGCGCGAGCUCAAGCAGCCCAAAAGGUUCAAAUGUCGAUCUCAGGUCACGGGGGCCAGCCAAGCACACAAGCACAGCCGCAACUCACGGGACAGAGCCCCGUCAUGCCAAUGCUUAACCAGCCAAUGGUACCCGGUCAGAUGUCACCGGCCCAAGUGCCUAAUCAAGCCCGGCCGCCCUCCCGAACCCCGAGUAUGCCCCAGCACCCGUCUGGUGUCGCAGGACAGACCCCGAUGCAAGGUCGACCGCAAAUCCCCGCCAACAUCCCCCCACACAUCCAAGAGCAACUCGCCCGCAUGCCCCCCGAACAGGCCCAGGCUUUCAUCAUGCAGCAGCGCCGUUUAGCUCUGAACAAUAUGGCUCGGGCCAAUCCUGGACAGCAACCCCAGUCUCAGCCCGGCCAAGGACAAUCGAUGAUCAAUAACCAAAUGGGUAAUGCCAUGAUGCGAGGUUCAAUAAGCGGUCCACAAGAUCUCAACUCGGUCGGCAUGCCCCAGGGCCAGCAAAUGACCCCCCAGCAGCGCCAACAAAGGCAAAAUGAAGCUUAUAAGCUUCAACUCCUGCGACAACACAAUAACGGGGUGGAAAUGACUGCAGAACAAGGCAGGCACAUGGACCGUGUCUCGUUCCCUCCAUCAAUCUUGAACAUGAAUGGCACUUCGAUGCAAGUCCCUAAUAAUAUCAAGUCAUGGGGCCAACUCAAACAGUGGGCUGCCACAAAUCCUCAAGUCGCCAGUCCUAAUGAUGUUCCGCGCCUGGUGAUGCUUCAAAAGCUCCAUCUAGGACAGCUCAUCACUGCCUCUAAUAGUCAGAUCAAAGAUCCUAAUGCCCAAGGCCAGGGAGCGACCCCCUUCCAGGGUACUCAGACUCCAUUCACGGGUGCACAGAAUUUCUCUGGAGGCCAGCAGCCCCCUGCUAUCAACAUGGCCGCUAUGCGACCUAUCUCCGCCCAAGACAUUCAAAUGGCACGCCAAAAGCUGGGUCCCCAGGCUGCAAAUUUCACCGACGAGCAGAUUCGUGAGAUAUUGUACCGAAAUCGACAAAAGCAUAUGAUGCAAGCGGCUGCGGCCGCACAAAAUCGAGCUUUGCUUGAGGGGAACACGCAGCCUGUUCAGCCUGGUCAACCUGGUCAGCAGACUGCGCAACAUCCAACCCCUGCAGCACUGCCUGUUCCACAACCUAAACCGCAACCACCCCAAACUCAACAGGCGCAAUUAAACGCGGCUCUUCAAGCAAAGAAUCAAUCGACCGCCAAUGCAAAGGGCGCUAAGGCCCCUCCUGCUAAGCAGGUGCCAAAGAAGAGACCUAGCACAGAUGAAUCAGCGGAAGCUCGACCCAGCACCACCCCUCAAAUGACCCAAAGCACGCCUGUGCCAGGUGCUCAGGCGACUGCCCCCACACGGCCAGGGCUCCCGAUCACACAGGAUCAGCUUUCUCAAAUGACACCCCAACAGCGCGCCCAAUUUGAGCUGCACUUACGCAGGCAACAGCAGCAGGCCCGUGGUCAGGUCCUCAGCAGAGCUGCCGCUGAAGAAGCAUGGAGCAGGAACCUGCCACCUCAGGUCAUGGAAAUCUACGAAGAUAUUGCCAAGAACGCGCCACCCGCAAAACCCAUUCCUGCAUCGCCAGAGCAAAAGGCCGCUAUGACCAAGCAAUUGCGUGAGGCAUUGGACGUCCUGGGUCGACUGGAUGCCCUCGUUCAGUGGUUCGCGAAAAUGCCAGGCCAGGACAAGAAUGUUAAGAAUCUUCUCGCAAUGCGCAUCCAAUUGAUGAGGCAAUUCAAGCCAUCCCAUGAAUGGGUUGUCAACGAUACUUUCACAGUCACCUCUGAUUAUCUGUCUGGUGCAAUCAUGUUUAUGCGCAAGUUGUUUGCGUUUAUGAUCAAUCGUCUGCAACAGCAACGUCCUCAACCCCCGCAUGGCCCCAGCUCAAAUGCACCACCUGUUCAAGCCAACAUGCCAGCGCUGAAUGCAACCAACUUACAGCAGCUCCAAGCACAGGAGGAAGCCUUACAACGAGCUCGGCGUGCCUCUAGUCAGUCCGCCAAUGCCGCGACUGCGCCUUUCGCAGCCCCAUCUCCCAGAGGCGUCCCCCAGUAUGCUGCCGGGGGACUUGCUCCAGAGAAUCUCAAGCUACCUCCCCCCAAACGACGGAAGCAAGACCCUGCGGGUGUAUCGUCAAGCCCGCUCCAAGCCAAUGCGGUUCCCGGCGCUGCAGCUGCUGCAACGACGAAAUACAACAAGGCCGUGGCCGAUGCAACCUCCAAUGCCGCGGCUUUAGCUGGUGCUUUCAAAUGUACGGUGGUUGAAUGUCCCAACCAUUACCAGGGCCUGCUGUCUCAGGCAGCUUUGGACAAACAUGUGGAAGAGAACCACCAGCCCGAGGAGGAAGAGGUUAUCGAUGACUAUCUGAAGUACUACCAUGAAAGUCUCUCCAUCGGCCUCAACUUGAAUCCGAAUGACACGAUGGAAGCGCAAGCAACGGCUACCACCGUACCAGCACCAUCUUCCACCAGGCUCAGCGCCGCUGCUUCGCCUGCCAAACAGGGUAUUUCCACCCCGGUCAUUCCUAGCACCACGCCCAUGGCCCGGGUCACCAGUCAACUUGGUGCUAAGACGGCAUCACCCGCUGCAUCAGCCCAACUGCUCACGCCGCAGAUGUCAACUGGAAAGGCACCUAAACCCGGUGUCAAGGACGAAAAGAAGGAUCUCAUCAAAUCAGAACCAGGAGAUAAUGAGACCAAGGAUCCUUGGGCAGACUGUCCCACCUCGCUUGACACAAUCCACGAUACUUUCUCUAAUCUCGCGAGCAAGGACCUACCUCAUCUGGGCCACGAACCCCUUGAGGACUUCGACAUCAAUGAAGCCACCCCAGUAGACGACUGGGUCAACCUGGCUACUUUGACACCCCCUGAUGAGGCUGAAGAAGCUGCUUUCCUCGAUAAGUUUUACGAGCCUUGGGAUGAAGAGUCUAUUGCACUUGCUGCCGCGCGAAUGCGCAUCCCCCCCGAAAUCCAGGUCAAGAACAAUGGCUCUAUGGGUCAACUUGAGGUUGACUGGGACGCCGUCGCGCGUUAUGAGAAAGAAGGAAUCCCCAUACCUAUGUGUUGA